AAUGAACAAUCAAAGUAAUCCUAAAGGAUAUAUGGGAGGAUCACCUUAUCAAGGAAAUAUAUAUGGAUAAUAAUAAUAAGUGAAUUUAUUAUAAAAGGAUCUAUUUUAAACUUUAGGAAAAGAAUUUUAGUAUUAAAUAGUUAAAGGACAUAAUGAAUGUACUCAAUCUGCAAUUGUAUCACUAAAGAAUUUUUAGAUAAGAAUGUAUAGUUAUACAUUAUUCUAGUGAUUAGAAUUAUAACAUUGCCAUACCUCCAACUUGUUUAAUAAACAACGCUCCAUAUGAUUAUACAAAAUUUUAUUAGUGGAAUAAUAAUUCAACUCAUUUGGCUUUAGUUCAUGCUAUCUAAGAUUAAUUGGAACUGCAGUUGAAACUACUCUCAAAGUACACUUUAUCAAUAUAAGUACAGUCCAAUAGUAAAAGAUUAUUGUGAUUUUGUGACUUCUCUCCAUGUAGAUGAAUUUGUUAAUAGAAUUAAAAAUAUGCCAGUUUCUUAAAUGUUACCAGGUCUUUAAGUAUCAGAAUAUCAAGUAUGGAUAAAUUCUGAUGAAAAAUAAUAAGUUUUAAUGAAUCUAUUACCAUAAAUUCAAGAAUUAAGAACUUUAAAGGAGAGAAUGUUAUAAUAUGUUUAAUAAAAUGAGAUUAUUGCUGGUAUAAAUAGAAAAAGAUGAAAAUUUAGGUUUGAUAGAGGCAAAUGAUUAAGAAAUUAAAACUAGAGUAGAAAGAUUAGUUUCUAGAAUUAAUUACUUUGAGGAAGAGAAAAAGAAUUAUUUUUAAUUAUAAAAUAGAAGUAGGACAUUAAGUGAACGAUUUUAAAAUUCAAAGGUGAAUUUCUAAUUCUAAUAAAUUUGUGAAAAAUAUGAUGAAUUAUCUGAUAAACUAUUGGAAUCAUAAUAAUCUGAAGAUUAUGAAGAUUGUAAUAUAUUUCAAUAAUUAAUUAGAGGCUAAUCAAUAUUUUUAGAAUAGAAGAAAAUAUUAAAAGACAUUAGUACUAUCAGAGAAAUUUAGACAGAUGAAACAUAUUUGAU